UUGAGCAACUUCAGGCAGUGCCACAGUGGCACUCAAGCAAGUGGGAUGGGAGGGAUUUUUGUCAAUAAAUAAUUUUCCACUACUCUUCUACAAGAGAAAUUAUUUUUCAUGUAAAUCAUUGAAAAGCUGAUAUUUCAAAGAAAAAAAAAAACACUAUAAUAAAUUUUCAAGAUGUCGACGUCUGCGAUAUAUAUUUUAGACGUAAAGGGGAAGGUUUUGAUCUCUCGAAAUUAUCGCGGAGACAUAGAAACGGGUAUUAUAGAAAAAUUCAUGCCUCUAAUAAUGGAACGCGAAGAGGAAGGCAAUCUUACUCCGAUUAUUCAAACUGCUGAAUGUACAUAUGCGUACAUCAAGUACAAUAAUCUGUAUAUUGUGUCUACUACAAAAAAGAAUGCAAAUAUUUCCUUAGUAUUUGUAUUCUUGCACAAAUUGGUGCAAGUGAUGCAAGAAUAUUUCAAGGAACUGGAAGAAGAGAGUAUAAGAGACAAUUUUGUAGUCAUUUAUGAGCUCCUAGAUGAAUUAAUAGAUUUCGGUUACCCACAAACCACGGACAGUAAGAUAUUACAAGAGUACAUUACUCAAGAGGGUCAUAAGCUUGAAAUUCAACCACGCAUUCCUAUGGCUGUAACUAAUGCAGUAUCUUGGAGAUCAGAAGGAAUAAAGUACCGCAAAAACGAAGUAUUUCUGGAUGUCAUAGAAUCUGUGAACCUUCUAGCAAAUGCUAAUGGAAAUGUAUUGAGUUCUGAAAUUGUUGGUGCCAUAAAGAUGAGAGUUUACUUGUCUGGAAUGCCAGAAUUAAGGCUUGGUCUAAACGACAAAGUGUUAUUUGAAUCUACAGGACGUGGAAAGUCCAAAUCUGUUGAGUUGGAAGAUGUGAAAUUCCAUCAAUGUGUCAGAUUGUCUAGAUUCGAAAAUGAUAGGACAAUUUCCUUCAUUCCACCUGAUGGAGAGUUUGAAUUGAUGUCUUAUAGACUAAACACCCAUGUAAAGCCUCUGAUAUGGAUUGAAUCUGUCAUUGAGAGGCAUGCCCAUAGCAGAGUGGAAUACAUGAUAAAAGCAAGAUCACAGUUUAAGAGACGUUCCACGGCCAACAAUGUAGAAAUAGUAAUUCCAGUACCCAAUGAUGCAGACUCUCCUAAAUUUAAGACUACCAUUGGUAGUGUUAAAUAUUCACCAGAACAAAGCGCAAUAACUUGGUGUAUUAAGUCAUUCCCUGGUGGAAAAGAAUAUUUGAUGCGAGCACACUUUGGUCUACCAUCUGUUAUUGGAGAGGAUCUAGAAGGAAAGCCACCAAUUCAAGUGAAAUUUGAGAUUCCAUACUUCACUACUUCUGGAAUUCAAGUGCGCUAUCUAAAAAUAAUCGAGAAAAGUGGAUAUCAAGCAUUACCAUGGGUGAGAUAUAUUACUCAGAAUGGAGAUUAUCAACUGAGGACAAAUUGAAUAAAAAUGUGUUAGUGGAAGAAAAAUUUUUGACACUUCAUUCUAAUAUCAAUUGAUAUACUAGUCGUUAGUAUGUUUUUGCACAUCGUAAUUUAAUUUGGAAAUGGUCAUGACCUAUACGAAAAUUAAGAUUUUAUAGAUUUUUGUUUACAGCAUUGGUAAAUAAUUUUUCGCUAUUGAUGUUUAUUAAAUGGAAUUUUUUUUACAGUUUUAUGUUCUGUAUAUUUUGUAUGUAAUUUUUUUGAGAAUUUGCAGUAAUGCUUUUUAUGUUAUUCUAAAUUGUAUACAGGGAGAAUGUACUUAAUUUGUUAACUGUAUGUUUCCUUUGAUUUUAUGUAAUGUACAAAUGUACAUUACAGAUCAUAUACAGGGGCAUUUUGAUGUUUAUUAACUAUUCCAAUAUGAGAAUAGAAUUGUAAAUAUAUAAAAAAUCGUAUUCAUACGUUUUUCGUGGAAUUGUUAGCGUAUUAAUAGAAAUUUUCUAUUCUAUUAAUAUGGAAUAUAGAAUUCUAUUGAUAUAUGUUUUAAUAGUAUUACAGGAUUAGUAUGACAGUAGAUAAUAAUAUUGUUAUUAUUGUAAACAACAAUAGUUGUUAUUAGUAACUUAAAACACUGAGAAUAUAUAUUAAAUUUUUAACAAAAACUA